AUACUGCCGAAGGUAAUCCCGUUCGCAGUCGCAGUUCACCUACGCGGAAAAUCACUAGUGAUUCACUGAACAAAAAAAAAUUACAAGAAGGAAUCGAGAGCAAAUGCUAUCUUCAACCACACUCCGACCGCCGGCGCCGGCGCCGGCGCCGGCACACCUCACCAUCUGCUCCUCGCCCGCAGCGUGGCGGCGUGCGCCGGCGGUGCGCGCGGUGCGGAACUACGACUCCAUCCCGAAGCGGGAGCCCUUCAGCUCCAGCCGCAGCAUCCUCCACGAGUUCCUCAGGCAGGACAAGCCCCUCAUCCAGCGCACCAAGGACCAGAUCACAGAUUAUUGCACGGCCAUCGAAGGCGAUGAGUGCUGCAGCUGUUGGGACGCUUACUUUGAACUGAAUAAACUUGAGCAAGAGCUGCCCAAAGACGAAAUCGCAAGGAUGGUGAAGGACUCGGAGGGUGACGUGAGGUACCUGAUAGAGAGCAUCCACCAUCGCUCGGAUCUGCGGAAGAAGGUGGCAGAGAAGUCUCGCAAUUCAGUACCGUCAAGCUCCCAGGGUAGUAGAGCCGCAAAGCCAAGGCCGUUCCCCGUGCCUGAUGGGAUACCGAAAACGCAAGAAGAGCUCGCUGAAGAAGAAGAGGCGUUGAUGCCGGAGUCUCCAUACACGAGGCUGCUGAGAAGGAUGGGAAGGUACCCUGAUUGGUACACCCCACGCCCUGAUCAUGAGACCGACUGAAUCGAGUUGCCCACCAUCCUAGUGUCCCUUGUGGGAGUUUUUGGAGCAUGGUAAUCUGAGGCUCCUUUUAUGGCCUGUGGUAUGUGGUAAGAUUAGAUUUGUAUCUAUGCAGAAUUGCAGAUUAGGGUGUUCUUACUCUUUUCCAAUUGUACUAAUGAAAACCGGUGUGUGCUUUAUGCUGUAAAUAUGUGGUAAAUAGCUGAACGUUUUAUUCGAGGUUCUGUGUA